CGGACGACAUCAUAGUAUUUCUCAAAAAAUCAUAAAGGAUACAAAGUGUGACCCAUAUACAAAGUGCAAUCUGUGACAUUUCUUUUGAUUCUAAAUGAAUUAGUCGAUCCGUGCUUCAAUGGAAAAAAUAAUUAUUCGAAGUGACCUCUCAAUCUAAACAAUGUCUAACGAGGCACUAUGGAUGUCUGACGCCAUGUUGGACUCAUUAAGUUUACAACUUCGGGACGCAGAGUCCCGAAGAGCCGAAGCCGAACGUGCGCAUCAGGAAGCAUUAGCGCAACUCCGAGGAGUUUCAUCUGGUGUAUCUCGAUCUGGAGAUUCUUACGAAACAUUACAAUCUAGAGCUCGUGAAUUGGAGAAAAAGGCUGCAUUAGAAACAGUAAGAUGUGAAGAAUUGCAAUUAGAACUUAAAUCAGCGGUAAAAACAAGGCCAUCGAGUAGGCCAAGUCAAAUCCAAUCAACUGGCACUUCCUUUAUAUCAUCGCGACUUGAUCCCAUAAGUAAAUACACGACAGCUUCAAGUGGAAUCACGGGCAUCAUGUCUCAUAACAGCAAUAACAUAACUGGACUUUCAUCUUUGAGCACAAAUAAUGUGAAAAGUGAAGCGUCAACAGUAACAUGGGCACCAACACCUGACCAAAAAAGCUCAGAAAUUGAUCGGAUCAUGGCCAAGAUCGAACAGGCACGUUUAUCAAUUGCUAAUGACAAUCGUAUACUAGCAGAACUAGAGCAACCAAGAACGACUGGUCCAUCGUCUUACAUCAUGACAUCAUCAGCUUUAGGAACAGGUGCUGGAAUGAGUUCUUCUAUAGUAUCACAACCCCCCAUUAGUUUAUCAAAUAUAUCAACAAAUUUAUCGUCAACUUAUGGUACAACUUCGUCGUAUGGAGCUAGUGGAAAUACAUCAUAUUCGACAACUGCAACGCAUAAUUUAUCACCACUGCCAAUUAGAGCAAAUCAAAUUAGUACCAUGCCACCCCUAUGUCAGAGCUCUACUAUGCCCGUCCUUUCACUACAUAAUACAUAUUCAUUGCCGUCUGGCUCUGCAAGUUAUACAUUAGGAUUAAGUGGAGCUCCUGGUGGUUCAUCUUACACAUAUCCAGCGGUUGGUCAGUCGACAACAACACUUGGUCUUAAUAGUGUAUUGGGUGGUGCAACAGGCUUAUCAAGCGUCAGUUUAGGCGCAAAUGCCGGCCAUUCCAGCUUAUUGAGUACCGGCUUAGGUACCACAGGACUGAAUUUAACUUCAACAAAUCCUUUAAGCAGUGGGGUAACUGGAUUGGGUGGAACUAGUUUAUUGACAUCAUUAGGAUUAGGAUAUAACACAUCAUAUUCAACGUACACGAAUCCAUUAAUAACAUCGGGUGCUAUGAAACUGAAAACAUUAGAUGAUUUUGAUAUCGGCAUCAGUAGAUAUAAUCGCGUUGGUACGCCGUGUUCACCGAUCCCACCGGGUGGUUGGGGUCUAGAUAGCUAUGGAAUUGAUGGAAUUAAUCCAGGAUAUAUGCAUUCGCAAAGUAGGCCAUUAUCACGACUUGGUGGAUUAGAUGGACUUGAUGGUCGUUCACAUGGUUUAACAUUAAACGGCAAUGGUGAACCACAAGUCGAUAUGUUAGACAUACCGGGAAAAGGACGAUGUUGCGUAUUUAUUGCUAGAUUUUCCUAUGAUCCACCAGAUGUUGAAGGAUCAGAAGGAGAACUAGCAUUAUGUGCUGGGGAUUAUUUGUUAGUAUGGGGAAAUGGGGAGCCACAUAGUGGCUAUUAUGAUGCCGAAUUAUUAGAUGGCAGACGAGGUCUCGUACCAGCAUCAUUUUUACAAAGACUUGUCGGUGAUGAUUUAUUAGAGUUUCACCAAGCUGUUGUGUCAACGUUACGUGACGCAGAUGAUGUUCCCAUACCAUUAGAUCCGGCUCCAAUGAUUCCACAUACACAUAGUACUCAUACUGCGAUGCUUCCGCCGAUAAACGAUGAUCUUGGAAGAAUUAGUGAUACUGUUAAUACAGAUCAAGAUCCAGAAGAUGAUGUGGACCCAGCUGCUGACUUUAUGUUCUCCGAUUUAGUUCCCGCUCCAAGGCAUUUGACACUUGAAAGACAACUCAACAAGAGCGUUCUUAUUGGAUGGAAUCCACCUGAUCAAUAUGGACAUCAUCAAAUUGAGAGUUACCAUGUCUAUGUUGAUGGAAAUAUAAAGGUUACUGUGAAAGCUGCUGAGAGAACGAGAGCGUUAGUUGAAGGAGUUGAUUGUAAUCGACCACAUAGAGUCAGUGUUCGAAGCGUCACAGCCAAUAGAAGAACAUCAAGAGAUGCUGCAUGCACGAUGAUAAUUGGCCGUGAUGUGUCACAUUUGGGACCAACAAAUGUUAAGGCUACCAACAUAACUUGCUCAAGUGCAGUCAUAUCAUGGCUUCCUGCCAACUCCAAUCAUCAACAUGUGGUCUGUGUGAACAAUGUUGAAGUUAGAACAUUGAAGCCAGGAGUGUACAGACAUACAAUAACAGGGCUUUCACCAAGCACGCAAUAUAGAGUAACAGUUCGUGCAAAACAACUCAGAGCACCUGGUCAACAACCACAGCCACCGCCUAUAAGCGGACCAUUACCACAUGAACUAGAAGCACCAGGUGCUUAUACUGAUUUCAGGACUCUCGCCAAAGGAUUACCAGAUCCACCUCAAGAAAUUCAAGUGGAGCCUGGACCUCAGGACGGAACACUGUUGGUUACAUGGCAGCCAGUUUCUAGACCACCAGCUGGUGCUUCUGGCCCAGUAACUGGCUACGCUGUGUAUGCUGACGGUAAAAAAGUUACUGAUGUAGAUUCUCCAACUGGUGAUCACGCUUUAAUAGAUAUAACAAAACUAGUUGGAAUAAAUCCCCAAGCUGUUACUGUUCGCACCAAAUCACGUGAUGCACAGUCUGGUGAUAGUAUGGCGACACCAAUUCCACGAUAUUAUGAUUCUAAUGUAUUUUAUGAUCGUGAUUAUUAUUGCAAUCAAGAUGUCGUAAGAAAUGCUGCAAGAAUGAGACAAAAUCAAAAACAAACGCAACAAUUACCACAAAAUCCUCAACAGCAGCAACAGCAACAACAAAUGGCGAUGCAGCAACAGAAAAUGAUGGGUGGCCCAAAUGGACCUAAACCAAUGGACAAAAAUCUCGGUAACAUGCAGCAAAUGCAGAAUCUUCCAGGACAAAAAAACAAGCCGAACCAAUUGAAAACACAAAAACAUGCUAAUAAUCAGCGUGGCAGUUCCGGAAGCAUUCCAUCAAUUGAAAUUACAAAAGAAAAUAUUGACACUGGUGAUUAUAUUAGCGAUGAAAGUGAAUAUCAAGAGGGUGGAAAUGGAGACAGAGGUGUUUGUAACAAUAAUUUGACUAAUAAUGAGCCACCUUCUCCAUUGCCCUCUUACGCUCAACAUCAAUCGCCCCAGCAUCAAUAUCAUCAACCUCAGACCCAAGGUGGAAUGCAUAACAUGCAAGGCGGAAUGCAGGGCAUGCAAGGUAUGCAAGGUGGGAUGCAGGGCAUGCAAAGUGGAAUGCAAAGUAACAUGCCUGGUGGCAUGCAAAGUAAUAUGCCUGGUGGCAUGCAAAGUAAUAUGCCUGGCGGAAUGCAAAGUAACAUGCCGGGCGGAAUGCAAAGCAACAUGCCUGGCGGAAUGCAAAGCAACAUGCCGGGUGGAAUGCAAAGCAACAUGCCUGGGGGAAUGCAAAGCAACAUACAUGGGGCUAUGCAAAGUAAUAUGCCUGGGGGGAUGCAAAGCAAUAUGAGUGGAGUUUUGUCUGGAAACAUGCAAAGUAAUUUACAGGGUGGAAUGCAAAAUUUACAAGGUGGAGUUCAAAGUGGAAUACAAAGAGGCGGAAUGAUGCAAAACCUACAAGGGCCUCGUCCCCAGAAUCCUGGUGUAGGAAUCAAUCAACCUGGUAUAAACCAGCCUGGAAUAAAUCAGAAUCAAAUGCAACAAAGUAGGAUGCCUUUACAACCUGGACAAACACGUGGUCAAGUGCCCAAUCAACAGCGAAAACUUCGAUAUUUUUUGGCAUUGUUUGAUUACGAUCCAAUUACAAUGAGUCCCAAUCCUGAUAGUUGUGAAGAAGAGCUGCCUUUUAGAGAAGGAGAUACUAUAAAGGUAUACGGAGAUAAAGAUCCCGAUGGAUUUUACUGGGGAGAGUUAAGAGGUCGUCGUGGAUAUGUUCCCCAUAAUAUGGUUCAAGAGAUUGAAGAUGGUGCUGUUGGUCAUACCGGACCUCGCCAACCAAGUGUGAGAGGUAUAAGCAGAGAUCGAUGGGGAGAUAUCUAUGCAAAUAUGCCAGUUCGAAGAAUGGUUGCUCUCUAUGACUAUGAUCCUCAGGAACUUAGCCCUAAUGUUGAUGCAGAGCAGGUCGAAUUGAGUUUUCAAACAGGUCAAAUCAUCCUUGUCUAUGGAGACAUGGAUGAAGAUGGUUUCUAUAUGGGUGAGCUAGAUGGCAUUCGUGGUCUUGUUCCAUCAAACUUCUUGACUGAUGCUGACAGUCAUCAAGGAGGCCCCAGUGCAGCAAGCGUUGCUCAACGAACUUUAGCAAAUCGAGGUCGAGGAAUAAUGACAGGGCCAGGAGCGCGAGGGCCACCACCUCCACCUCGUGACAACAUGAUGAUGGGUGGUAUGAAUCAACGAAAAGACAACACGGGCCACCCUGCCCCAGAUCAACAAAUUCAGGGGAUAUCGGGCGUGACCGGUGGUAAUAUGCUAAACCGAACACCACAACAACAAAAUAUGAUGGGACCCAACAGAACGCCACAGAUUGCAUCACAGCAACAGUCACAAAAUAUGAUGGGUCCAAAUCGCAAUCAACAGCAGCAACUUAUAGGGGCCAACACAAAUAUGAAUAUGCAACAGAGUAAUAUGAACAUGCAAAAUAGUAUGCAACAACAAGCUAACAUUAGUGGUCCUCAACAACUUCAACAACAGCAACAACAACAAAAUAUGAUGAAUAUGCGCGGCAAUAUGCAACAGCAGCAACAACCACCUAUUACUACAUCACAAUCAACAGGUCUUUUUUCAUCGUCAUUGUUCAGUGGCCCAGCAAAUGCGACAGGUUCAAUGUUCGGUGGAAAUCGAGCAGCUGGGCCGCAAGUACUUCCUGGCCAAGGUGCUUUUGGACAGCAACAACAACAGGGCCAACAACCAGGUCAAAUGGGUAUGGGACAACAAGGUCAACCAGCAAGUAUGUUGCAAAAAUUGGGUGAUAUUGCUAGUGCCGCGCCAGGUGGCGAAAUGUUAUCCAAAGGUAAAGAGUUAAUAUUUAUGAAAUUUGGAUUAGGUGGGAAAUAACCCAAACCGAUGAAACAAUCUAGUUUAUCAAAUUAUAAAAUAGUCAUUCAAAUUAAUUGUUUAAUAUAUCUAUAAAGAACAUGCUGAGUAAAAUAUAAGUAAAUCAUACAACAAAAAGAAAAAGAAGAUAAAAAAACAGAAACAAAUACUAAUUAGUGUACUCAAAACGUUAUUCUAUUGAUAAUAUGAAAAUGAGAUUUAAAAUUAAAUAACUUACAAAUGAUGAAGUAACCUAUCAACCUGUAAUAUAUCGAAUAAAAUAUAAAUAUAUAUAUACGUAUAUAUAUUUACUCUUGUGUUACUUCUUAUUGAUGAUACGAGGUUUGUGAAAAUUAACUAUUGUAUAAUAUUAAUGUUACUGAAGCAAACCAACAUAAUUGAGAAUUAGUCAAGAAAUUUUCAUUUUUGUUUUCUUCAGAAAAUGCGAGACAAGAACCAGAGAUAAACAUUGUUUCUAGAUUGGAUAGAUUACUCAUAAUAGAAGAGUUCAUGAACAAUAAUCGUUAUUAAACCCUAUUCUCCCUCUAAAUUAAAUGAAAAAAAAGAAAGAAAGAAGAAGAAAGAUUAAAGAAAUUAAAGAUAAAGUUAUAUAUCCGAAAAAAAGAAAACUUUACGCACAUUCUAAUGAAAAUGCUUCUGCAAUGUGAAAAAGAGAAAUAAGUUGAACUUGUUACUUUUUACUUUUUUAGUCUAUUCCUAAUACCAAUUUCAUUGAUGAUAUAUUGAAGAGAGCAAAAUUAUUAAAUUUGUUAAGUACUUGCUAUAGGGCUUAAUACGAGAAGUGAAACUAGUUAUUAUACAAUCAACUUCUUUCUCAAAAUGUAAACACGAAUCUAAAUAUUAUUCAAUCAAUAAUUAAACAAAGAAAUAUUAUUAAAAAUAAAGUUAUUGAAAUUGAAGCACAAUUAGAGCAAAAUGUAAAGAUGAAAUUGAUUGUAUUUAACAUGCAGGAAUUUAAUGAAGCUUUUUCUACAAUCUCAGAGCUUUUAGAUUCUUUAAAUUUUAGAGCUGAAUUCCAAUAUCUAUGUAGUCAGAUAAAAUAAAUUUGUGCCCAUUUUAAAUUGCAUUUUGGAUUGGAACUUUACAAGUUCUAAUAAUUGAAUCAUAGCAUUCCUCAAAAAGUUAAAAACUUCAUUUUCUAAUUCGGUUUAGUUUCUUUUAGGUGAAAAAAGUUUAAAAGGAUUAAAGAAGUUUAGUUGAAAAGUGUCAGAUACAUUCGCCAAUUAUCCUACUUAGAUCCGAAACAUCACAAAGGUGAAUUUCUGAACCUUAUCAUUUUGCGAAUGGAGAACAACAAGAGUAUUUUAACUCACGCUCAAUAAAUAUUUCCUUUGAUAGUCAAAGUUCUCAUAAAAUUCUGAUUUUUGUUUAUUUAGUCAUCCGUUUAAAAACAGUUGUGAGAAUAAUGUUGGUUUUCAUUCCUUUUUUAAACAAAACAAUCGAAACAGUGACAAAUAGCUUUUAUAAUAUAAAACAUAUAAACAGAAAAUAGAACUACCUAGUCAUACAUUUACUCGUGUCUUAAGUCUUUUUCUUUACCUUUUUGAUUUAUGGAGGUGGAUGAAAUAUUAAAUAAUGCAUUUAUAAGUUCUUUUUCAAGAAAAUUCCUUGCUUUCUUAUAUUCAUAUUUAAUAGCGAAAGUAUCAAAAAAGAGGAAGAAAUUUUCAUGUAAUUCAAAAAGCAAAUCGUGUAAUUUGUUUCAUCGUUGUUGAGUUUAGUUACAGUUUCACAGGGAAUAGUAAAUUUAUAUAAAAAUACUAUCAAAAUAUCGGUCGCUUAUUUUUUUCCUCAAUGUUAUUUAUCACAUGUUCAUACAAUUAUAUUUUAAUCAUACAAUAAAUAAAAUAACUUGUAAAUGAAAACAAAAAUCUUUUUGGUGCCUUCUAAAUGUUGAAAGCCGUAUCUUUUUCUACGUACUAACUUGAGCAUUUAUAACUUAUUUUAUUUCCACUUUCGUAAAGAUUGAAUCGGGACUAUAUCUUAAGUAAUUUUCUUCUUUCUUUCAUCUAUCUAAUCUAUGCAUUCUCUAAACAUAUCAUUAAACUUCUAAACAAUUUUACCUGUUUGCAAAGGAAUCCUUAAGAUUUAUAGGUUGGCUCGAGGUUGAACUUAGAUUUAAAUUAAAAUAAAAGAAAAUGAAAAAUCAAUUUAAGUUUCUUCAACUAAGAAAUCAAAAUUUAUAUUAAAAAUGUCUCACUGCCAAAAGAUUUCAUUUCUCUUUGCUUUAAAAAUUAUCUAAACUAAAUGAAAUUUCCUCUACUUAUUAAGUUUCUUUUAAAAAGUUGUUACAAAUCAUGAUCCAAAGUUCAUGACUAAGUAUAUAUUUCAACAAAAAAAGACAAUACAUUUAAUAAACUUUUAAUGCUGAAUUUUACCCUCUUAAUGAUGAAAAUGAAGGAAAUGUUACCUGGAAUGUAGUCUAGCUAGAGACAUUUUGAAAUCUUUGAAUGCAUCACGAUGUAAAUCAAGGUUGACAAAUUAAAUUAAUCAUAGAUAUUCAUGCUUUUUUUCCAAAUGUUCUUUCUUCGGAAAAAUUAAUCAUUUUAUAUAUUGACUUUACUGAACUUUCCAAUGAUAAAUUAUUAUUAUUAUUUAUCAAAUAUUGUAUCAGCAUUAGUAAAUUUAGCCAUUUACCUUCGAUAUCAUAAUCUUUAUAGAAUAAAAACAUUGAGGAGGCAAAAAUCUGCGUGCUUUGAAAAUCAUAAGCUAUGAAAUCUAUUCAAAGUAUUCAAUUUUAUGCAAUUAUAAGCUUGAAAAUUCAUUAUGUAUAAAUAAACAUAUCAUGCAACUCUAUACAUUUUGCUCUGUUCCGUAUAAUGGAAGUAACAGAUUUUCCGAUCUCUUCAUUUAAAGGCUUCUCGAAAAUUUCACCAAGAGCUUUUAUUCUAAUAUUCUAGUCACUUUUGAAAAUUGCUUAAGCCUUUUGCAAAGGACAUCCAGAAAAUUGAACCAUUAUUUCAUAUUUUUAUGGAAUGGUUGUUGAGGAAUGGCCAUUGAAUUAAACCUUUCUUCAUAAACUUAUAACCGACUAUUAAAAAAUUCUUCACUAAACGAUAACAAAGCAAAAAAAUAAAAUCUUGAGACCUUGAGUGAUAAGUGUUAAAUAGAAUGAAAUUUAAAACAAAAAAAUGAGAAAUAAAUGCGAUAGUUUAAAUUGUAAAUCAAAUGAAAUUAAUUCGAUAAAAGAUUCUUCAAAAGCAUAUAAAUAAUAAAAAUAAUAAAAGAAGAAAUUAAACAAAUGCUGUUGAUAAGGUAAGAAAAGAAAUUAAAAUUGAAUAAAACUUUAUAUAAAAAGAUUUAUUGAGUGGUAAAAAUGAUAUUUGUGCUAAAUAUGGAUGUUAAAACUCAAAAAUAAACACUCAAUUUGCAGCUAACAAAUAACUCAUCAAUUCAACUUACUUUUCAUUGUGAACAUUUUCAGUUGAUUCCUUUUUAAUGAACGCCAAAAUAAAAAAUUCACUCCAUUUUCCCUUUGAAACCAUCUUACUGAUCGAAUCGUUUUUCUGCCAACAAAAUAAACUUGAAUAAAUUGUACAGCAUAACAAAAACAAAAUGAAAUUUUAUGCAAACAAAGACAAAGGAAAAAUAUGCUCUGAAUUAUUAUUUGUCCAAGCAAAUGUGUAGAAAAAAUAUUUGAGAACCGUUUUUGAAAGUUUCUUCUUUAAAUGAAAGAAAAUAAUUUGCAGAUCGUGAACAAUGUGGAAAAUGUUAAAGGGAAAACUUUCAAAUAUUGGAACCUGAAACUGAAUUGGAAAAACACACACCCAAAAACCAAUAAGAAAUAAUCAAAAAAUGAAACAAAAUAUGUGAAGAAAUUAACAUCCUUAAGAACAACUGAAUAUUCUCUUUCAUUGAAAAAUAUAAUAAAUGAAAUCAAAACAAAAAAUAUUAAAAAUCAAUAA